CAAUCACCGACUAUUAUUGAACCUACUAAGUAAAGAAGUUGGGUUGAACUACCAUAUUUAUCACUGCUUACUCCACCAUUCUAGGACUGAAGAUGUAACUACCCACAUGAGAAGUUAAUUCACUAGUUGCUUCCUUCCGACACAUGCCCCCGCGGCUUCCCUACUUAUUGUUUCUCAUAUUAUAUUCUAUACAUGACCAGGACGACGUGGAUAAGACGCGCCUGACAGCACAAAUCGACGAUCUUCGACAUAUCUUAUCUACACGUGACCUGGUGUCGUGUCGGCGCGUCUGCGCGUCGCAUCGCAAAGCCACAAGAGGCAAAAGACGACUGCUCUCUCGAGCCGGACGUAACUUUCGCCCAAUGCUACUACCUCCUCUCAAAGCGCACUACACACUGAACAUACUCUCGUGCUGACCGGCAAAUAUCCACACAAUGGCUGAGCAGGGAGGAGAGCUUCAACUCUUCAGCCAGUGCAAAGUCUGUAUCAUAUGCUCCAAAGAUCUCAGUGCUGAUACAGCACAUCAGGUAUGGU